AUGAUCUUAUCAACUGUUCUUACGACACUGGUGUCGCUAGCGACAUGGACAAAACCUGUUGCGGCCAGCCUGAGAAUCACAGCUGAUCAUCAUUCCUUUGGCGGUGUCAACUAUCCCCAACUACAGUUCUUCACGCCUCAGAGCAGAGACGAUACUAUCAGAGAGAUUGUCAAAAGCGGUGCAAGAGUAAUACGACUAUUCAUCCGUCCCGAUGAGCUCCAUCCAGAUCCUGAGUCCGAGUUGGGCGCGUUCGACAAGUCCUUGCUCGAUCAAUUCGACGACACGCUCGCCGCCAUCCACCAUCUAUCCAAAGGCCAAGUGAAAGUUAUCAUUGCACCACACGAUGCCCAUGCACUUAGAGGAUCAAACGGCGUACCCUGUGAUGCGUACUGCAAAAAGCUCGAUGGUUACUUUCUAGACUUUUACAGCCGUGACGAAUUUAGGGAACUCUACAAAACACGUCUAGAGGUCUUCUUCAAACACUACCCAUCCAAGAACUUUGACGGGCGCUCAUGGAGCGAGCUCUCCGAAGUCAUUCUCGGCGUCAAUAUCCAAAACCAGCCUUUUAGCGACAUCUUCCCCAUUCCCGCGGGUGAAUCCUGGAUCUGCGACAUGGCCUCACAUCUCAAGUUCACCCUGGGGCUCGACAAGGCCGACAUUGCCGUCAUCAGCGGCGGCGUCUCUGGACCGCAGAAAAUCGACGAGUUCCAGAAUUACCCAGACAGCGUGUUCGACUGCAAGGCAAUUGAUGUGAUAGGCAUCCAUGGCUAUUUUGCAAAGGAAAGCGACAAGACGGCCGGCACGCAGUGGGCCAACAUGUUCCUACCUGGCAAUACGCUCACGAGCCGGGCCAAAGGUAAAAAGGGCAAGGGCAAGUUGCUGCUUGUAGAGGAAUGGUCGUAUGUGCAUAAUGAAAAUCUGGGGUUGUUUUACAAGCAAGAAGCUCUUUUUGAUCAGGGAAAUGCACUGAAUUACAGAGGUAUUCCAUGGCUCUACUCCCACCUCAGCAUGCUCAACGAAGGCAAAUCCUCACGCAUCAACCCUCUCCACCCUGAAUACACUUCAUGGCGCGCCCUCAAAGAAGUACUUCAACACGCCCUCACCACACGCUCCAACUUCGACUGGUCGACCUAUCUCCCGCGCCCCGUCCGCAUCCUGCCUCUCACGGCAGACGAAACCACGGCCCAGCAGCUCAAGCAAAUGAUCACAGGCGACAACACCCAAGAAUGGAAGAUCCAGCCCCUCGGCCUCUCAAAUUUGACUUCGAUCCGCCUGAAUCCCUACGUCCUGCAGCAGAGCACCUGCACCUUUGGCUGCGCGGGCCACCUCUGCGCGGCGCCCGACGACUGCGCGCCGGACCUGCGCUGCAAAAAUAGCGUGUGCACGCGCCCCGACGCCGCGCAGCCCGGCAAAAUGGGCGAUGCCUGUAACUCCAAGAAAGCCUGUCUCGAGCAUCUCCGCUGCGUCAAGGGCGAAUGUGCCGCCUGCACACCCAGAACCAGCAUGCCUGACGCCACAGCAGCAGCGAGGAAAACGAGGAAACGCUCACUUGAAAACGACCCGGCACCCCUGCCUCAACAGCACCAUGACGCUACAACGAGUGUACGUCCAAACGAUGCAAAUGCAUCCUGCUACACGGAUUCCCUCGCGCACAUCUUCGCCGCCGCCGCCGCCGCCUCCGCCACGGGCGCGCCAGCCCCCGUGUGCCUAAGCCCAGGCCACCACGCGUCGCCGUGCGAGUCCGCCGCACAGUGCUCUGCAAACGAGUACUGUGACUGGGGAUCGUGUGUGCGGUGCAAAGCCAGCGACGCCUGUCUGGGCGAUACCUGUCGCAGCAACAACAAGUGCAAGACGGGGUACUGCAACGACCAUGGCCGCUGCGACUACGUCGCCAACAGGUUCAAGAAGUCGUUUGGACCCGGCGGCGCCAAAAUGGGCAAAGGAAACCGUCAAGCGGGCAUUCCGAGUGGACAUGAAAGGGGCCCGGCUAAAGUGCGUCAUGAGGCCAUGCGCAUUGUGAUUCCAGAGGAGAGAGAGAGAGAGAGAGAAAUCCACUGGAUUAUGCAAACACACCAGUGGUACGAUUCACACAUCAGAUGA